AUGUCCAACCAGACCAACAUAACUGAGUUCCUUCUCCUGGGAUUCUCUGACAUUCGGGAGCUGCAGAUUUUGCACUUUGUGGUGUUUCUAGUGAUUUACCUGGCAGCCAUGAUGGGGAAUCUUCUCAUCAUCAUGGUUGUAGCUCUAGACCACCACCUUCACAGCCCCAUGUACUUCUUCGUGAUGAAUUUGUCCAUCCUAGACCUCGGCACCAUCUCUGUCACUGUCCCCAAAUCCAUGGCUAAUUCCAUCAUGAACACCAGGUCCAUUUCCUAUUCUGAAUGUGUGGCCCAAGUCUUUUUCUUCAUCUUCUUUGCUGUAUCUGACUUCGCCUUACUCACCGUCAUGGCGUACGAUCGAUAUGUCGCCAUCUGCAAACCACUGCACUAUGAGACUAUAAUGACCAGGAGAGCUUGUGUCCAAAUGGCAGCCAGUGCCUGGAUCAGUGUUAUUCUCUACUCUGCAGUGCACACCGGAAACACGUUUGCAAUAUCUUUCUGUGGAGGCAACAUGGUGGAUCAAUUCUUCUGUGAAGUCCCCCAGCUCCUCAAGCUUGCUUGCUCUAACUCAGACCUCAGUGAAGUCAGGUUUCUCAUCUUUAGUGUGUGCUUAGCCUCAAGCUGCUUUGUUUUCAUAAUUGUGUCAUAUGUUCACAUCUUCACCACAGUGUUGAGAAUCCCCUCUGAGCAGGGACGACAUAAAGCCUUCUCCACCUGCCUUCCUCACCUCAUUGUGGUCUCCUUGUUUAUUUGCACUGGGACCUUUGCCUACUUGAAACCCACCUCCAGCUCAACCUCAGGUCUGGAUCUCAUGGUGGCUGUUCUCUAUUCUGUGUUGCCACCAGUGACGAAUCCGAUCAUCUACAGCAUGAGAAACAAAGAGCUCAAAGGUGCACUGAGUAAACUGAUAGGUUGGAGGUUAUUCUCUAAGAAUAAAAUGUCCAUUUUUCUCCAUCGGUAACAAUUUCAUUCUGUGUUUCUUUAUAUAAUCAGCUGAUGACAUUAUUGCC